CCUGUCUUCUCCAUCCUCACACCAAAUCUCAUCUUCCACUCUCUCUCUCUGUGUAUCUCUGCGAUUUCACAGAUCAGACUCCCUGAAUCGUGCGACGAUACGAUGUUGUUCCUCGUCUUUGGUUUGUUUGUUGUUUCCCGGCUGUCGGGAUCCGCCGAGGCUUACAAGAAUUACACGGUGGGCGACUCCUUGGGUUGGUAUGACACCCUUGAAAAGUCCUCCGUCAAUUACCAGAAAUGGGUCUCCGGCAAGACCUUCUCCCUCGGCGAUUUCCUAAUAUUCAAUACUGACACCAACCAUUCCGUUAUCCAAACGUACAACUUCACCACCUACAAACGCUGCAACUACGAAGACGACGAUAACGCCACUCAGUGGUCAUAUUCCGACCCUUCCGCCACAUCGCCGCAGCCGACCACCGUGCCGGUGCCGCUUAUGAAGCUCGGGAUGACGUAUUUUUUCUCCGGCGACUACGACGGCGAGCAGUGCAAGAACGGGCAACGUUUCAGAGUAAAUGUUACAUACGGUCAAGGCUUGCCGCCUAGCCUCAAAACCCCCGAUGAGUCACCGGCGCCGGUGAGCCCCCAAUCCGGCGACGAUGAUGCCGUGCCGGACACCUUGGUGCCUGCUUAUUUCGAUAACCCCCGAAACGUCAGUGAUGAUGAUAGUGAGCCGUCUGGUUCGGUUUCUUUGGUAGCUUUUUCUAGAUUUUUUGGUGCCUGCUCGUAUGGGAUCUUAGUUGUCCUGGGCCUAGCUUGUAUUAUUUGAUUGCUUUUUUUUUUUUUUGUUUUUGUUUUAUUAUUAUUAUUUUUUCCUUUUCCAUGCAGGUUACAAAUAUAUAUCUAUAUAUUCAUGUAUACUUGUUUCUAAGAAGAUUUGGAGGGCAGAGUUGUAUUGUGUUCAUAUUUGAUAUUUAAUUUUAAUA